AUGUAUUUAGUCGCGGAAGCGGGGAUUGACAGUUGGACAGGCUAUACGCGAACUGGUGCUGUUCCUUUCCUAGCGCAAACGAACCCGGCUCCCUUUGGACUGAAGGAUAUCAGUGUCAAUGAACCGCUACAGACGUCGUUGCCGAUCGAGGGCGCUCCGGACUACGAUGGGAUUUUCAAGUAUAUGGGAGAGCUGAGCCCCUACACUCCUUCUCCCGGGUUUGGAGUGAAUGAAUACCCGCUACCUCCUGGGUCCAAUAUCACCAAGGUGCAGAUCCUCCAUCGCCAUGGGUCUCGAUAUCCGUCGUCGGGCUCCAGUACGGAGGAGUUCGGACUACGUAUCAAGAACCUUACUGCGAGUGGAGUGAGGUUCGAGGGCGACUUGUCUUUUCUGAAUGAUUGGAACUACGAGCUGGGCGCUGAAUUACUCGUUCCUCGUGGCCGUCAGGAGCUCUUUGAUAGUGGCGUUCUGCACCGGUACAACUAUGGCCGGUUGUAUGAUCCGUCGGCGAAGGUUCUUGCGCGGACAACGACCCAGAACCGUAUGCGUGAAUCUGCAGAGAAUUUCCUCGCUGGGUUCUUCGGUUUGAAUUGGCAGCAGAAUGCUACGCUGUUGACUGUCAUCGAGAGGCAUGGCUUCAACAACACCCUUUCUGCGGACAAGCAGUGCCCGAACGGCGACAAGGACCUCUCGUCCCCCGGAGAAGAUGGAGCCAAACAGUGGCAGAGGAUCUAUCUCGACGCUGCUACGAAGCGGUUCCAGAAGCUGGUGAAAGGGUACACUUGGACCGUCGAUGACACCUACAACAUGCAGACGCUGUGUCCGUUCGAGACGGUGGCGUUUGGUUUUAGCCGUUUCUGCCAGUUUUUCACGUAUCAGGAAUGGAAGGGCUUUGAGUACAGCAGGGAUAUCGAGUCCUACGGGGAGGCCUCCUUUGGAUCGCCCACGGCACGGGCUCAGGGAAUCGGCUUCGUGGUUGAACUCCUUGCGAGACUACAAGGACACGUCGUGGAUACACCACCUGGAACGUCGACCAUUAACACGACUCUUGACAGCAACGAGAGAACGUUCCCUACCAACCAAUCGAUCUACUUCGACUUUACCCAUGAUACGCAGAUGAUGAGGAUCCUCACGGCCCUUGGAUUCCGGCAGUUCGCGCAGUUCCUCCCACCUACUGGACCCCCGGCUAAUCAGCAACUUAUCCGUAAGCGCCUGUCCAAUUUCGCUGCCCGGUUCGCCAUCGAGGUUAUCGAGGCCCCACGUCCUGUAUCUUCACGCAGGCCGCAAAACCAGACGUCUCAGGCGGACGCGUACAACUGGACAGCGCCCGCUCAGGAGACCAAAUAUAUCCACUUCGUGAUCAACCAGCGUACUGUCCCAUUGGGGAAGAGCUUCCCUGCGUGCGGACAUCGGGAUGAUGGGUGGUGUGAGUUUGAUACAUUCCUGCAGGUGCAGAAUAGCAGUUUGAGCCGAGCGCAGUAUGAGUAUAGUUGUUUUGGCAACUAUAGUGCGGUACCGUAUGGAGUUGUGACUGAUGGAGUGCCCGUGAGCUGA